GAUAAAAGUUCCCUAAAAGAGAAAGCACAGAACUAGCAGAAAGGUGGGGUUGGUCAGCCCUUCAUUUGAAUGUAAAUGUAAUUAUGAGGCAGGCAGUUAGGCUGACGUCAGACAAGAUCUUGGUAAACCAUUACCACCAGCACCUGGUAACACAGUUGAUAAUAAAAGAGGAUGAAGUAGAAGAUUCCAAGCAGAGCGGCAUUAUUAGAGAAAACCAAUCAGAGUUAUUUUUAAGCAGCGAAAGAAAAUGUGGAAGAACAAGAUGUUGUGACAAGGUAUUUACAAUCUGUGAGCAUCAUGUAUGUGAGCUCUCUCCUGGAUAAAGAAACCAGCAUGUAUCCGGGAUCUGCAAGGUGCAGCAGCAACAACCUGCCAGUGCAAAACUUUGUGUCCACUCCGCCCUAUUCAGAUUACAUGGGAUAUCAUCCUGUGCCAACUCUGGACACCCAUGGGCAGCCGGCGGGAACCUGGGGAUCUCACUAUGGCCCACAGAGGGAGGACUGGAACGCUUACGGCCCAGGACCUUCCAGCACGGUUGCUGCUGCACACAUCAAUGGCUCGCCUCCUGGACAGGUCUCCUACAGUUCUGCUGAUUACAGCUCCCUCCAUCCCGCUGGAUCCGGGGGGUUACCUCCCGUAGAAACAAUUAAUACACAGCAAAUCUCUCCCAACAGCCAAAGGCACAGCUCUUACGAAUGGAUGAGGAAAACAGUGCAAGCUAACACUGCUGGUAAAACAAGAACAAAAGAAAAGUACCGAGUCGUUUACACAGACCAUCAGAGGCUAGAAUUAGAGAAGGAAUUUCACUGCAACAGAUACAUUACAAUAAGGAGAAAGUCAGAACUUGCAGCAAACCUGGGACUCUCUGAAAGACAGGUGAAAAUCUGGUUCCAGAAUCGCCGAGCCAAAGAAAGAAAAAUGAUCAAGAAGAAGAUAUCUCAGUUUGAUGGCAGCGGGGGCUCAGUUCAGAGCGACUCUGGUUCACUCAGUCCAAACGAAAUAUCUAGUUCUCUGUUCCCACCACCACACGGAAUAAAUGGAUUACAGCCUAAUGACAUUCAUCAAGUCAUCGUUUCAGAAUGAACAGCGGGGGGGGGAAGGAAAAAAAAAAAGGCAAGAAUGGAUUUCCCCGCCACCCCCACUCCCUUGAAAACUCACAUUUGCAAAGGACCAUUCUCAUGUCUCUGUCUCCAGAGUGCUGAUUUCUAAGUACAGGAUCUGGGACUAUUAUCAAAAUAUUUUAAUUAUUGCAGAAACCUCAGAGAACUUGUGCUGCUAAGAUUCAUCACUCCAAAUCUUUGAGUAGGAGGUAAUUUGCUUCAGACACUGACACAAAGAAUGACACAACUGAAGAUUCAAGUAAAUGUAGUUCUAGUCUGAUCAUACAUAUACACAGAAAACUAAGUGAACUGAUUAUAAAAUAGAGUACUAUUGCAUAAAAUAUAAGAUGCUGGGUGUAUUUGGUUUGUUACAUUUUAUAUAAUUAGAGUAAACCGUAGAUGUUACUAAUUAUUCACACUUAAGUGUACUGAAAAGAACGCUACUUUUUGAAAGCAACGCAAACAUUUAGAACACUUCUAAACACUCAAGAAACAUAACAAUGUUGCCAUACAACACACUGCAUUUAAUCAAUCAAUUCUUCUUGACCCUAUGCAAUUGCAUUCAAGCAUCCUGGUCUCCUAAGCAAUAGUUACAGAUAUGUAAUAUCAUACCAAAGCUGCCAAGAUUUGUUCAACUGUUAGAAAUGCAGCUAUUUGUCAUGCACAUUAGUAAAUGCCAAAGAGUUUCGAAGAUACAAGUAUUGCUUCAAUCUUCAAUGAAGGCACAUAUUAUUGCUCAAAAAUAUGAGCACAAAGGUAAUGGAAAAAGAAUUGUUACUGCCAGCAAACCACCAAAAAGCAAAUAAAGGAUUUGUUUAAUGGCCCUAAACCUUUUAAGUGAAAUAGUUACAAUCUUGGGCCACUGAUUUUAUAUGUGACGCUUAUUUUGGGCUAAAGGCAAGAUAUAUCCCAAAGCAGCUGACGCUGUAUUUCAAUGCUGCGAUGAAGCAGCUUAGCAUUCACAAAGUCACAGCAAACAUAACAAAAGAAGUGUUCACUCCAUGUGCACCCCUGAAAGAGCACAAAUUAAGGAUAAAUGCGUUCACAGUGUCGUUAGCUUUAAUUACUGGUCCAUGUUGGCAGGUGAGAAGGUAGCAAUGGUAUGUAGGAGACAACCGAUGAGUCUGGAAAAAGUAGAAAGAAAACACAAAGCACUAAAAAAAUCCCCAAAUCCUUCAGUUGUACUGUUUCUUGGAAUUUCAUAAUGUGAACUUUUUGAUAGCAUACAAGCAAUGGCUCUACUGGAAAAACUUAAUUUUACUGAAAAUGUCAUCAGGAGAAAAGGUAAUAAAAAGGGAAGACAAGAAAACAAACAGAAAACACUGUUUUCUGGCAUUUGAAAAGCCAUGCAUCACUUAUUUCAACAACAUCAAACUCUUGGUCUCAGAAACAGCAGAUCAAAUCAAAUGCUCUGCAUCACCCAGCACUGAUAACACACUGAGCAACACGGACAGAACUUGUCAAAGCACUCGUCAUCUGGAUUCAAUAGAUAAGAUCACUUAGAUUUGAAGAUGUACCUCACUGUUUCGCAAUUAUUUUACCAUAACUGUUAGAAUAAGUCCACGAAAGCAAUUCUGUCAGGAGUCACAAUAAUAACACUCUUCAAGAAUAAAUACUAAAUUAUAAAACUGUAGACACAAAUGUCUCAGGCUGAACUAGGAAGAAAAUCUGUAACAGAAUAAGAUCUUACUGACUGUAAGCAUCUUGAGGGUGGUUCUCCAAUAUAUUGCUAAUGAUUUCUUAUUCAUAUGGCUAAAAUAAAUGGGCAUACCUUAAUGCAAACAAACUGCAAACAGAAAAUCUUCUGUGUAUAAAUAUUUACAAAACUCAACCCUACGAGAAAUUGAGAAUACUUCUGCAUGGCUUUAAUUCAGGAUCUGCUAAAACUGCUAUAUUAUAGUGUUAUGUGACUGCAUGGACAUUUUAGAAGACAGAGCAGUAGGUUAUAGAACAUGCACACAAACAGAUCUACUUCUGUUUAUAUUAAUAGAAGCAUACACGCUAGCAGACAGCGAGAUGCAUGCUGCUCUGCUUUUCCUUCAGAGAAAUCCAUGCGUUUGCUCUGUAACAGACUUGGGAGAGGAGGCUUCCCCAGUUCCGGCAGCCCCUCUGCCUGUGUUCUCCUUUUCUACAAGGAUGUAGAAGAUAAAGUAAUUUCCCAAGAAACUCAUGAAGAAAGUAGCUGUAAAACUUUAGACAUACAAGAAAAAAGGGACAAGGACCUUUACCUUGCUACCCGAGUCUCCAAUGACCAGAAGGCCUACCUCUAUAGAAGAGCAGGUGACGGCUUUUGCAACAGUGACAGAGAAAUGGAGAGAGAAAACUUUUUUCCUAGUUUCUAGAUUUUUUUUCUGCGAUCAGUUUUCAAAUCAACAAGGAGGAAUGGCAAGUGAAGAGCUAUGAACAUACAACACGUCAUUCAUUAUACUUGUAUACCAGAAAUGCAUGGUUUAACUUAAAAUUUCUCUUUCCUUCUAAUUUAUGCCAAAGUUGAAAUUAAGAACUUAAAUAGUUCUUUACCAGGUUCAUAUUCAACAUAUUCACAAUUAUUUAUCUUGCAGUUUCUAAACAGCUCCAGUCUACCUUUUCGAAUUGCAGGCAAUCAGGAAACGGUUCUGACAACCUGGGCAGAAGAGCCACUGACACCACUGACUGGACUUCAAAACAUCCACUGUUCGUAAAGGAAACAUUUAAAAUGAGACUCUUUUAGUGUAAAAUGGGAGUUGGAACAGGACAGAAAGCACCUCCUAUGGGAUGUUUAAAAUCAAUCCUGUCAAUAAAAAGUGUUUUCCUUUUUUAUG